AUGGGGGUGUGGGCACAGGGGGAGCCCAAUGUGCGCCCCAACAGGAGCUCGGGGACAGCCCUGGGGACGCACUGGGGACAUGGGGACAUUACAGGGGGUCCCUGCCGGGGACACGGGGCCCUUGAGAGGGGCCCCGGGCUCGGGGCCAGCGCAGAGCGGCCGGGCGGGGGCGGCGGCCCCGCCGUGUCCCCGUGGGUGGGUGACACACCUGUCCCCGUGAGCUGGCGCCGUCCCAGCGCCACAUCCCGCCCGCCCCGCGGGGCUUUAAGAGGCCGCGGGCCCGGCCCUGCCAGCGCUGUCCCCGCGCUGUCCCCAGCCAUGGCCCUGGCACUGCCGCUGCUCCUCGCCCUGCUCGGGACCACCCCAGGUUUGGGGGCGCCGGGGGGGGGCUGCGGGGUGCCCCCCUCUGCCUGGUGCCAGGACUGGGUGACGGCGCUGCGCUGCGGGGCCCUGGGGCGCUGCCCCCGCCUGGGCCAGGGACCCCCCGAGGCGCUGGGAGACCCCCUCGAGGCGCUGGGAGACCCCCUCGAGCCGCUGAGAGACUCCCCCGAUCUGGACGCCUGUGCCGUGUGCCAGCAGCUCUUGGACUCACUGCGCCAAAUCUCCAGCGUAUCGGCCGUGGAGGACUCCCGGAAGAUCUGUGCCAAGCUGACCCUGUGUCGGGGAGAGCCCGGGGUUGUGCCCGUCCUUGAGGGGCCUGGCAGCCGCCUGCAGGGCCCGGCGCUGUCCCCGCUGUCGCUGCCGCUGCCGCGCUGCUGGCUGUGCCGCUCGCUGGUGGCGCGGGCCGAGGCGGCGGUGCCGGUGCGCUCGGUGGCGGCGGCCGUGGCCGGGCUGUGCCGGGCGCUGCCGCUGCCCGUGGCCGGGGCGUGCCAGUGCCUGGCCGAGCGCUACGCGGCGCUGGCCCUCGAGGGGCUGCUGGGCCGCCUGGGGCCGCGCCUGCUCUGCCGCCUCUUCCUGGCCUGCAGCGGCGCCGGCGACGGCGGGGACGGCGAGCGCGAGGGGCCGCUGCCACCGCCCCGGGCGCUGGAGGCCAUCGUGGUGCGGCUGGCAGACUGUGUCGGGGAGCAGGACCCCAGAAACGCCACUGUCCCCGCGCUGUCCCUGUCCCUGGGCCCCUGUGCCCUGGGCCCCAUCUUCUGGUGCUCGGGCCCGGAGGCGGCGCGGCGCUGCCAGGCCGUGCAGCACUGCAAGGACCACGUCUGGCUCUAGGGGGGCACCGGGACCCCCCAGCUUUCCCCAAUAAAGCUUGGAUGCAGCUCUG